AUGGCGCAGUUGGUUUCUCAGGGAAUAUGUAUACUAUCAAGCUCAAGAUACUGUUAUGUAAUCUUUGAUGGUAUCGAUCCAAUCACGAGAAUCAGUGAGGAUCGUGAGUUCGUCAAAGUCUUUAUGCAGGUCUUGAUGCGAAAUUGUCGUGAAGAAGGGAUGUGCGAUCAUGAUUGGGAUCAUGAUCUCAGCCAUGACAGCUUCUCGGUAUUCACAUCAGAGCUGUCAUCUUUGCGAG